CACCCCACAAUCAUUAAGGAUUUCUUAAACACUAUGUGGACAUGGAUGACCGUUCUCGCCUACUCCGUGGUUUUCCUACAGGCCACGCCUCUUGACGACUACGUGCACCGCCCCGACUCGUAUUAUAAAUACACGGAGAUCGGGUCUUACCGGGGACCCGAAUAUACAAUGUAUAUUUUAAAUAUGACGUCACAAAAAUGGAAAACUGAGGCAGUGACGGACCAGCCUGUCUGGUGGCAUUACUUGACCGUUACCAUACCUGACAAAAUCAACUACACACAGGCCGCAUUUAUGCUCAUCGACGGAGGGAGUAACACAGAGGGCCCUCCAAAGAUUACGAAUAAUUUCGUGGCACUGACGACUGUGAUGGCUGUUAGCGCUUGCGCAAUUGGCGCUGAUUUGCGAAUGAUUCCGAAUCAACCAAUCGUUUUUAAGGAUGACCCCGAAAAGAAAAGGAGGAAAGAGGACGCUGUUAUCGCUUGGACAUGGAAGAAAUUCAUCGAGAACACGUCUGACCCAGAAAUACUACUGCGCAUGCCCAUGACAAAAGCAGCUGUUCGUGCCAUGGAUACUAUACAAAAUUUUGUAAAAGCGAAGUUGGGAAACAAUGUAGAGAAGUUUUUUAUUGCUGGUGCAUCUAAGGCAGGCUGGACUACGUGGACCACGGCGGCAGUAGACAAGAGAGUGGUUGCUAUGGCACCGAUUGUACUGGACUUAUUAAAUAUGGUUAAAAAUCUUCAUCACAUGUACAGAAAUUUAGGAGGCUGGACCUUUGCUUUUGACGAUUACCUUGACGUCAACAUUACAGCGCAGCUCGACAGUGAGGCUGUGACCAAAAUGGCGGCAAUCAUCGACCCUCUCUCAUACAAUGAUAGAUAUAAGAACAUUGCCAAGUUUAUUAUUACCACUGGUGGUGAUGAAUUCUUCCAACCAGACGAUGCUUAUUAUUACUUCGAUCAGCUGGAAGGGCCUAAAUAUCUCAGAAAACUACCAAACGCUGAACAUAGUUGUGCAGGCCACGAAACUAGUCUUAUGUUUUCUUUACGAGCAUUUUUCCUGCAAGCAGUCACCGGAACACCGUUUCCUAAAAUGACUUGGAAGAGGGAAUUUACUAAAAAUGGCGGAAAGAUUACUCUAAUGACCGACAGAAGCCCUAAAACAGUGGACGUAUUUUACGCGAGGACCAUAGACGGUAAAAGGCGUGACUUUAGACUUCUGGUUGCCUCCCCUGAUGAUCCCAGAAAACCAUAUCCUCACCCUGUUAUAUGGUUCAAUGACAGACCACAAGAUCUGGGCAACAAUACUUUUGUGGCAGAGUACGAUAACCCGCCCGAAGGAUGGCUGGCAUUCUUUAUUCAAGUGAGUUUUGAUGGUGUAUCAGACGCGAGAUUAGAAUUCACGACAGAAGCACAAAUUAUCCCGGAUACAUUUCCGUUCCCAGAAUGCCACGGUUCCGGAUGUCGGGGCUCUCUCGUCUGAUCUUCAGUUCGACUUUCUUCUUUAUUGCGUAGUCUAAGUAACAUUUUCAGACUGGAUUACCAAACGUCUGAUAAAGUAAAUUGAAUGAAAUGUUCUCUGUGCAUAUGUCAUUUUGGUCAUCAUUACUGAUCUUUUCAUUCUUUUAAUAUAAUUUUGGUGAUGUGUAUUGAAGAUUGUGCGAAAACUAUGUAUCGAGCCCACACACUGGGUUUGCUUUUUAUAAAACCUAACAGGCCACCGGGGAUCGCAAAGACUAGAAGAUGUUUAUAUUAGAAAAGAUUACCCAAAACGCCUAAGAUAUGUCGCCGUGGAGGUUUCUUAUGCAAGUGAAAUCAAUAAAGUGUGUUGUAAAGACAUAAGUCAAUUAUGGCUCAAAAUGAUAGAAUACAUGAGUUUUAGAUUUAGUCGUUCAACGAGAACCCCUAUGUACGCCCUGUUUUUAUAAGAUAAAAGACACAAAAUGGAUUUUCCUGAAGAAAACUUCUCAGCCUGAAAAUGACUUCUAGGACAGCUAUUUAAAUGUUAUUUUAAUGUGACAAAUCAGGAUGAUUUCAAGUUAU